ACGUAGUCAGAGGCAGAGCUGUACAGCGCCAGCAACAGCUCUCCUCGGCAUUUGGGAGCCGCAUCAUUCGGCUAUUUUAAGCCUACGCCGCCCCCUCCCCAUCUCCCCUUUCCGCCACCCCUGUGUCCCACACACGCCUCGGGGAGUGAAGAUAAAUCGAUCGUGCGCGGGCAAAGGGGAGAACAUUUUGGCCCCUUCUCUUCCCGGGCUCCCGAGCGCCCUUUGACGCCCCUGGACGCACUUUCCUGGGGGCGAGAUAACGGGGCUGCCAACCUGCAGGUCGAGAAUCCUCUCUGUAUCUGGGGCUCCUGGAAGGGGUGCCCAGCAGAGCAGGGGAGACGGGACUAAAGGCGUCCAGAGGCAGGGGGGCUGGGGCGCGCCGGGCAGCCCGGCCAGUGCCAGGCAGUUCCCGUAGCAAAGGGUCACACCUUGUCUGGAGGAAAGAACCAGGGCCCGGUGGGGGUGGGGGGCUGCUGAGCAGGUGGGGACAGCUCAGCCUCGGAACAUUCCGGCAUCAGUUCAGGGGCUAUAAAUAGCAGGCAGGCUAUGCAAAACCUCCUCCGGGACUAAAGGGAGGGAAGGGGAGACUCGCGGAGGUGCGAGCCCGGAAACUUGCAGGGUGGUAAGGAGGGGCCGGGGCUCCAGCGUGCCUUCGGAGGGACAGCCAAGGACUGCGGACCAGGGAGCGGCAGCCUGACCAUCCCCUGCCCCUGGGGGUCCCGCCCUUGGCACAGGGAGUUUGUAGAGCGGCCGUGGGGGAGUUGGGCCCUCUGGUCAGGGCCCGCCCUGCCAUCUAAUCCCUCGCCAGAGCGUGUGACCGCUGGCAUUCCCCUGGCUGGAAUCUGGCCCUUUGGACAGCAGCUGCUGUGGAGCGGGCCCUGCCCCUGACUGCUCGUCCUCUCUGCCCCUUCCCUCUGCGCUUCUCAGAUAAGGAGGGGACGACGGCCGAGCUUGGAGCCACAGCUUCGAAGGCCCCGGUUCCCAUCUUGAGGCCCCAGCUGCCCGGGAAGCCGCCACCAUUCCGUGCUGUGGUGACACGAUGGCUCCGGAGGACGACGCGGCCGGGGAGAUCCCUGGGGGCAGUUUCUGGGAGGCUGGGAACUAUAAACGGACGGUCCAGCGCGUGGAGGACGGCCACCGGCUCUGCGGGGACCUGGUCGGCUGUUUUCAGGAGCGAGCCCGGAUCGAGAAGGCUUAUGCCCAGCAGCUGGCUGACUGGGCCCGCAAGUGGAGAGGGGCUGUGGAGAAGGGGCCCCAGUACGGCACUCUGGAGAAGGCCUGGCACGCCUUCCUGACGGCGGCAGAGAGGCUGAGCGCCUUGCACCUAGAGGUACGAGACAAGCUGCAUGGAGAGGACAGUGACCGGGUUCGAGCCUGGCAGCGGGAAGCCUUCCACCGGCCUGUCCUGGGAGGCUUCCGAGAGAGUCGGGCGGCAGAAGACGGCUUCCGAAAAGCCCAGAAGCCCUGGGUGAAGAGGCUGAAGGAGGCGGAGGCCUCCAAGAAGAGCUACCACUCGGCCCGGAAGGAGGAGAAAACGGCGCAGACCCGGGAGAGCCACGCGAGGGCCGACAAUUCUGUGUCCCAGGACCAGCUGCGGAAGUUACAAGAGCGGGUGGAGCGUUGCGCCAAGGAGGCCGAGAAGACAAAAGUGCAGUAUGAGCAGACGCUGGCGGAGCUUCACCGCUACACCCCCCGCUACAUGGAGGACAUGGAGCAAGUGUUCGAGGGCUGCCAGACAGCGGAGAGGCAGCGCCUUCUCUUCUUCAAAGACAUGCUGCUGACUUUCCACCAGCAUCUCGACCUCUCUGCCAAUGACAGGUUCCAGCAGCUCCACCGGGACUUGCACCAGGGCAUCCUGGCUGCCAACGACGAGGAGGACCUACGCUGGUGGCGCAGCACCCACGGGCCGGGCAUGGCCAUGAACUGGCCGCAGUUUGAGGAGUGGUCUCUGGACACUCAGCGGACAAUCAGCCGGAAGGAGAAGGGCAGCCGGAACCCAGAUGAAGUGACGUUGACCAGCAUCGUGCCCACGAGGGAUGGCUCUUUGCCCCCCCAGCAGUCCCCAGCAACCUCAGGGAAUGGGCAGGAUGAAGAGUGGUCAGACGACGAGAGUCCCCGGAGGGGUGCCAUGGGGAUCCGGGUGCGGGCGCUGUAUGAUUACGCAGGCCAGGAAGCGGAUGAGCUGAGUUUCAGAGCAGGUGAGGAGCUGCUAAAGAUGAGCGACGAAGAUGAACAGGGCUGGUGCCAGGGCCAGCUACAGAGUGGGCGCAUUGGCCUGUACCCUGCGAACUAUGUGGAGUGUGUCGGGGCCUGAUGGCAGUCUCUGCCCACCCUGGGUCAGAGCUCAGCCACCCCCCCCCCCCCCCAUGGCCAGCUAGGGGGGCAGCUCCUGAAGCCCCAGAUCACCGUCUCUCUCCUGUGUCCGGGAGCUGCGGAGCCCUGGUGGGAAGGGGGAGACUGCGGGAGGGAAGGGUCCCAACCUGGAGCUGAGCCACCCCGGGCCCAGGGGGGGGUGGGGUAGUUCUGGUGGCGUGGCCUUCCUCCCCUUUAACUAUGGCUUGUUCCUAAUGUGCAUUAAACCUGAGAAAAGACAACUGA